AAACCGUGCAGUUUCAAGGCGCGAGUGGACGAGUGGAGACAAUUGGCUGAAACACGGAUUCGGUAGUAAGAAAAACAUCUGUAUAGUACUGAAGGAUACAGUCGAAACGUUUCACAUGGGGUUCUAAAGAACAAAAUGACGUGUAUGCGUUAUACUAUGUUACUGUUCUCAGUUUUGGAGUUACUGUUGUUUGGAUACACAGCUGGUUUGUUGAACGAUGAGAACGCGUCUCCAGGCGCGAGACUCCCGCGUUCUGUGUUGGAUGAUACGUUGGAGGCGACCACCAUCCCAAAUCACUUACAGGAGGACGACAGGGACUCCAGGUUUUCACCUUUCACCUCCACACUGACCAUCACAUCCAGGGACUUCAGGACCACUGUUGAAACUAACAAACAACAGUUCUCUUGGUUGACCACCACGGCUGCGCCUCAGACCAAAACAAUGGAUGCUACCUCCAAACGCAGUAAAGUUAAAGAAAACUCCACGUUUACCACAACACUAAACAUUACAGUUAAACCUACUACUUCCUCUCCAUUAAGUAGCACAAAAACCUCCACACCACCUGCUCUGGAUACUGGAAACAGUUCAUGGACAGUGAAAAGCACCUCAGAGCCUCCUGUCGUGACCACUGAGAGAGGACAUAAGUGCAACUGUAGUGCUGAGGGUUCGGAGGACCAAGAUACCUGCGACUCUGUCACAGGCCAGUGUUUAUGUCUAACUGGAUACACGGGGCAGCGUUGUGAUGAAUGUGCCGAUGCAUAUUUCACCAAUGGAACCGGCGGCUGUCAGGCCUGUAACUGUGACUCCCUUGGAGCAGUGAGUCAGCUCUGCAAUAGUUCAGGCAUGUGCAUCUGCAAGAGUGAAGUGCAUGGGGACAAGUGUCAUGACUGCCGCCCAGGCUUCUCGCGGGCGAACAGCACUGGGUGCCAACCAUGCCAAUGUAAUAAUCAUAGCAGCUACUGCCACCCACAGACAGGCAAAUGUGAGAACUGCCAAGGCAACACCGAAGGAUCCAGUUGUGAAAAGUGCAGGUAUAAUUUCUACCGAAGGCCUGGUUCUCCUGUGGCAGAGCCCUGCAUCCCCUGCCCCUGCUCCAGCGUCACCUCCACAGGCAGCUGUGAGCUCGACUCAAGUGGCCAGCCUUUCUGUGUCCAGUGCAAGCCAGAAUACCAGGGUCCCAACUGUGAGCAGUGUAGUGAUGGCUUCUACAACGCCGACAGCAUCUGCCUUCCCUGUAAUUGCAGCGGGAACGGAGACCCCCGCAUUUCCCCUCGGAUCUGUGACCCGGACACGGGCCACUGCCUGAGCUGCAUCAACAACACUACGGGGCCACACUGCGAACGCUGCGCAGAAGGCUUCACAGGGGACGCGCUCGCCAGGAACUGCACUCCUAAAGUUGUCCACACUACUCCUUCAUCCACUACCCACUGGUUUCACUACACCACCAUGACCUCCAGCCCCAAUGCAACAGCACACUUCACCACCUUCUCCACAACUCUGCUGAGCAGCCUGGGCAGCUCCACCACCACAGUGUCUCCGCUUCCAUGGAACCAGUUCAACAUCAUUGUCCUGGCUGUCAUCAUCAUAGUUGUCAUUGCUCUCUUAGCGGUGGUAGGUGGUGUGUACACUUACAGAGAAUACCAGAACCGUAAGCUGAACGCCCCAUUCUGGACCAUCGAGCUGAAGGAGGACAACAUUAGCUUCAACAGCUAUCAUGACAGCAUUCCGAACGCAGAUGUAUCGGGGCUUUUAGAAGAUGAAGUUAGUGACAUGGGCAAUGGACAACUUGCUUUAACCGGUCCUGGUAGUUUGUAUAAGGUCUAACUGAUGUUCGUUCACAGAACCUGGCUUGCUACGUCAGUGCUGGCCUGAGGUUUGGCAGAGUGGACCUAUGGAUAUGUGGACCCCUGAUUUAUUUGUUCAUUUUAUGCUGAUGGACCACGGACAAGGUUUUCCCACUGGACAUAAUGCAAACACUCACACAAGCACUUCAGAGCAAGAAGACAAAGUAAUGAAUAAGGAACUGAAAACUGAAAAGCCAAGUUAAACAUCCUGCCUUGUUGAAGGCCUUGGCCAAUUCCCAGCUGAAACAUGUUGCCUUGCUUUGAAGAAGAGAUGCAGAGACUAAUUCACUAAUGUGUGACAGAGUACUAGACAAUGAAGCAUGUCUGACUGAGUAUUAAUACAGCGACAAUGAGACAUGCAUGAUGUUUUAUCACACGUGGAUAGAUCAAUCAAAUGCAUCUGCUUAUUAACAUUAUUUGCAUACUUGCAGUUAUGUCCAUUCUCACGUUCCCUUUGUAAAUGCUAUUUCAAAUGCACAGAGUGGACCUUGUUUUUUUAACAAACGUUUUAUUUUGUUGUUUUUUUUUUUCUAUGUGUGUGUGUCGCUUCUUCCAUGCUAUUACAGGUGCAGGACUUCAGGGGGCGCCUGGCGUACAUGCUAAAUGGCAGAGGCUGAAUUUUUUCUGCAUUCUUUUGCAUUUUUCUUUCCGGCAGGUGCUUUCUUGUCAAAGCAAAUUGCAUGAAGGGAUGAUUUGUUUUUAUAAGGCCAAAGAGGAUCUGUGUGUCAGCCUCAGAUAGAGAGAGCCUGACUUAUUCUCGUCAUGGUUUUACAACGGCAAAGUGGAUUUAUAAGACUGUUUCAUGGUGUAUAGAAUUGUACUAGUUUUAUUUAUUUUCCAGGAAUUUUCUACUUAGUCCGCUUUUCCUUAGUGACUCAUCAUUGGCGACCUGUUAAAGGUGCCAUGCCUUGUUGUGUGGACUUGACACAACUUGUCCGACUGGGAGAGUUUAAGUUUGGUUAAUUUAUUUAAACGAACCUCUCUCUCUUGUAUUUAUGGUUUAUGGUUUGUUUGUGUGAGUCGCAGAGGGGGGGAACAUAUAUGAUCAGGUGAGCAAUAAUGCUUGAUGGGUCCUACAGCCAUACUGGACAGUAAUCAAUCACUGCCAUUUGUGUAGCACAGGCUAAAACAAGUUGAGCAACUGGUUCAGUGAUGAAUAAGUGCACAUGAUUGACUGUGUGGGUGUAUGUGGGUUCUGAGAGAGGUAAUAUAUUAUUAUUUUUGGAAUUGGAUAAAAGAGUACAAAACGUCAUGUCAGUCAGUAAAAUAACACAUGGGGUGUGUAUAAAUGAGUCUGUUCUGGAUAGGCGAUUCCCUGUACUUGAAGACAAGAGCAAUAGUUCAUCUGUGAUUGUACGUCAGAUGACUCUUGGGACAUUUACUUUUAGCUCUCUCCCUACUUUCACCAUCCUGAAGCUGUCUUUAUCAGAGGUGUGUUGGUACAAAACUUUGUAAAUAUUAGAUGUACAGAAUGGUUGUCAUGAGGAGGCUGCUAUUGUAUUGGUACAUAUGACAGUGAGUCCUGUUUCUGUGACUAGCAUACACAUGUGCACACAGAGAGACUGAUGUCGUAAUGGUGUUUUAAUCUUGCAUAUGUUUUUUGUGCAUUAUGCAUGGUGCACCACAUUCACAACUAACUCUGUAAAAAAGAAAAAAGAAAUUCAAUAAAAGUCGGUUUUCCUAUAA